AUCUAUAGACAUUUCCUUGUCUACACAAACACGAGGAAUUCCUGCUGGAACGCUAGAGAUUUGGGAGUUUGUAAUCUGAUUGCUGUGAUAAUGGAUACAGUAGGUAAGUGAUCCCUGUAGCAUGGGAAGUUCACAUUACUGUUUUUGUUUUGUAUUUUCUGCUUUGAUCAUUUUUAGUCAAUGGAGGUGUUUUUCUGACCAGUGAUUUGUCAUCUCUAAGGUUGCCACCUGGCUGGUAUCUUGGUCUGUUUGGUGCUAGUAUUGCAAAAAUGCUGUCCAGGUAAAAGCUGGUAACUCUGUGACUGGUCUCUUAAAGCGGUGAGAGAAAUCCAGUCAGAACGUCAACAUGGUAUAGACCCAGAAUGUCACAAUUCUACACAGCGCAUGCACUGAAACACACUACCACACAUGCAUAACAAUGCCUAUACUGACACACAAUGUAAGUAACCUUUUUUCAACUUAUCCCAUGUCACCAAAUGUGACUAAUUUAUGAAAAUUGGCAAGGCUGCUUUAACUUCAACAAUGGUGGCAACCCUAGUUAAAUUUCCAGGCAGAGUAACUGUCUUGUCUCCACUCCCUACACAUCCACAUUGUCCUAGAGUUAGAAUCUUUGGAUGAUUCUGUAGACAAAUUCUCCACUUGCUCUCCAUGUGGCAUAACAUCUCUCCUUUCUGCUAAGAAUGUCUGACCUAUAGGGACUUGCAUCACUUGUUAGAAACAUACGAAGAGAUAUUCCAAAUGCCCAUGUGUAAAUCUGUCAGGCCUGCUCAGUGCACUCUUCCAGCAACUUUUGGGGAUUUGACACUAGUUAAAUGAGUGUCCACCUGGAGUGGGUUUGGAAAGCAUAAAAAGGUUAAAGUGGGUAUAUAGUAGUCGUUUACGUGUAGGUUUUUUUUUUUUUUUAUAUUUUUUUUAGGCAACUCUCAUUAACAGCUAAAUCUUUUGAAUGAGACACUUCUGCCAAAGUGAUGCAUGUCCCUUUAAAGGAACAUUCCAUGUACCAUUUUUGUUUGUUGGGCUGUGUAAGUGCUGACUGACCGGGCUGGAUUAACACAGGAACUGACUUGAUUCUGUUGCGUGUUUAAUUUUUUUAUUGUUUUUUUAAACCCUACUCUUCAUAUACUCUUGCUUAAGUAUGGAAACUUGAAGAGAUGUAUGGGAACAAAACUCAUGCUGACUGGUUGACAGUGAAAUUGGUUAAGGUAAUGCUGACUUUGGUCUCUCUAACACUGUGGCAUAUCGCCUUUCUUCUACACUACCUACAUACACCAUUUUUAUUUUUUUUUUACACCAGGAGCUUCUUCCUGCUAGUAAGGAGACAAGGGGGCAAUCCCAUGGAGCAAGCGUGUUAAGUUGGCAUUCCAAUUUUUGGGGCAGGUUUGCUACUUUCAGCAUUUCAUUUGCUUCAGUGGCCCUCUUACCCUGCCCAUUGACAUUCAACUGGACACUGGGGGGAGGGAUGGUGUAUGAGUUUCCCUCCAGCACCAACUCCAUCAGAUACCUGAUGCAUGACUGGCUUUCUUUGGCUGAAUAUAGUUGGGCUCAUUACUGUUGCACCAGGCCCACUGGUCUCUAAAUCUGGACCUGGUACUUGAAAUAUGCCCUUCUAUAGAUCUCUGCAGAAACCAAAUAACCAGCAGUCAGCCUAGCUGUGGAGGUAAUCUUCCACUUCAUUGGCGCUACAGAGCUAAUGUGAGAGGAAAGUGCUAGAGUGGCCUGCCUUCUCCAAAUGUCUCUGGGCUUCCGGGACAGCUCAAUGAAUGGAAAGCCUCAAGCUCACACCUCAAAACAAAAGCUUUCUUUCAAAAAGCCUCUGGUCACUUCCUUGGCACAGACUGACCCCUGUCUCAGAUAUAAAGGGAUGAUGAAAAGGCUGCAGCUGAGAUCCUUCUGAGAGUGACCUGUCCAUUUUUCUUUACUGUGGUCCACCACAAUGAAAUAGCCUUUUGUCCUUGCCUGCAUAGUGGUAAGCAGAGGCAUAGGGAAGUGUGUAAAAAUAAACUUCAUGUUGCUGUGUAUGUAUUAGUCAGGGGAGGUGUGGAUAGGACUAAAAUAAUAUUUGGAUUGGAAGUUAAUUAAUGCAGUUAUCUAAGGGUCUUUUAGAUGUUCUAUUAAUGGUUUAGCAGCAUUCAUAUUAAACGGGUCCCUGGCUAGUUACACCGUGCACUGCCACCAUUCAAAUAUCCCCAGUUAGCUGUAUACCCAAUCUCAUUUAUGCCAUUUGUGAAACUUGUUCAGUUACAUGUGUGCAUUCUACAUUUCUCUUGGUUCCUCUGCAAUCAUUCCGAUUGACAUCUCUCCUAACCCCAAUCCCCCCUCUGAUACAGUCCUGUUGUAUUUGUUCUACAUUGCCAGUCUCCUUAGAAUUUACUUCUAUUGUCUCCUUUCUGUGCAGGAGUUAGAGCCUCAUUCACUUAUGCCAAAUGCUAGAUCAUGCUAAAACUGAGCUUGUAAAUUGUACAAGCACUCACACCGUUGAUGGAUCUCACAGUUGAAAUGGAUAUUGUAACCCUAAAUGAUGCUGUUUAUAGGUAAAGUUAAAUAAAAACAAAUUGUUGCUGUAUUUUAGGUCCUAACAUCUGUUCCCCUUACCUUUCAGAAACCCUCCUCUUCAUUGUAACCAGGAAAGAAUAUGUUGCUGGAGCUGGAUUGCCACCCAGUCAUGAAGAUGACAACUACAUUAGGCGAGCAGUUCCUCUAGGGAAAAUAAUGAAUGCCUCCAGGGUUUUCUUUAGUCCUGAAGGGGAACUGUUUGCUGUCCGUGGUGGAGAUGUGUACCGAGGACCUAUGCCUUCAGAGCAAGGCUUGGAAUGGUUCAAUGUUGCCAAAAAGGUUGGCAAAGUUGACUGGGACAGCUUCAAAUUUAUCCUCUUUGAUCCCAAUGGUGUCUUAUAUGCAGUAACCGGCAAAGGGGACUUCUACAAGGGUCCCGCUCCAACCAAUGAAAACAUGCCCUGGCUUUAUCGCCAAGCCACCAAAAUAGGAUCUGGUAUGUGGAACUCACUAAGGGCCCUCUUCUUUGAUCCUCAAGGCAUUCUGUAUGCAGUGAAAUCAGAUGGCCGUCUUGUGAAGAGAAACCCCCCAACAGACUCCAAGGACGACUGGUUUGCGACAUGCAUACCUGUUGGCAAUGAGAACUGGUUCCAGCUCACUCAUUUCAUGGCUUUCAGUCCUGAUGGAUCAUUCUGGUGUGUCAAUGAUUACACUGGAAAAAUGUUUAGAUGGUCACCUCAAGCAGUACAUUCCAACUUUGCUCAUAAAGAUGCUGAGUACAUGGGCUGGGGCUAUAGUGCAGGCCUCUUCUUUGCUUUCACCUGUGACAAAAUCAUCUCCAGUAUUGAGAGCCUUGAAUUUCUUCCAGAUGAUGGUAAAAUUGUAUCCCAAGACCCUACAGUGCUGAAAAAUGAAACCUUCACAAACACCAGUGAUGCUCCUCUUAAAUAUACCUUUACGUAAGUAUAAAACCUCAGGUAAACCACACGUAGGUAUUCAAAAACCUCAUUCCAGAAUGGGUAACUCUAUGGGUUCCAUAUUGGACUAGGGCACGUUCCUGUUGAAAGCCAACUCAAGAGGGCAAAUCCAAUGUGGACAUGUCCCUGCCAAUAUAUGCAGAACAGUGGUUCAAGCACUCUGUGAUCACUAAAAUAGCAGCUUUAUUGGGGCAAAAGCAGCAACGUCUCGGCCCUAACGCUUCUUUAUCAAGCGUAUGUCCUCCCCAAAUUGGUGCCUCACUUUGAUGCUGUUUUUGAGAGCGCUGGGAGAGAUAAAAUUAAUUUAUUGACUAGCUUCAAAUGCAUCUUCUGGGGACGGUGUUCCUACUUCUGCCAUUCCUGUCAUAGGGACAGGGUUGUCUGUAGCAAGCAAAGAAACUCUGCUAGUUGGACUUCUUGUAGGGGAAAGCAUCUUGUAAGGUUGCAUGUUUGUGUGAAUGCUGCUUGUAAGAACAAUGUUUGUAGGGUUGUAUUCACACAUUUGCCCAAUGUAUUUCUUAGACAAUGUGGUCUUAGACUUUGCUUCUUUACAAUCAGAUCAUAUUCAGAUGUAGAACUGUGUGCAUCGGUCUGUGUAAAUAUGUCUUUAGUGAAAAUUGAGUUUCCAGGCUUUCUAUUACUGGGCUGUUCCUCUCCAAGAAUAGUCAUGGCAGGACUAUGGUUUAACUGUAUGCCUUGAUUGCUUUGUGUUGCAUUGAGUCAGUGUUAAAAUGGCUUGUCACUUGGAAGCAAAUGGCUUCUGGAAGCUAGGUCACUAUAACCCCCUUAAUGACACCAGGUAAACUGAAGCCCUCUAAAGCAAUAACACAUGUGUUGUACAAGCUUAGACUGGUUUAGUCUGUUUGAGAAAAACUAACCCUGUCCCUGUUCUCUCAUGCUAGGGUUUCAAAAACUGAAAAAACUACCAGCACCUUCGGCCAGGAACAUGGAUUCACAGUUCAGGUUGGAGCCGAGCUGACAUUUAAAGCUGGGAUCCCAUUCAUAGCUGAAACAGAGGGGAAGAUUUCAGUCAACACUAGUACAUCUCAUACCUGGAACUUUACCAAAACCAAUGAAAUCGAGGUAACAUUAUUUACUGAUUUGAGAUGAGGGAUAUUAAUAGUAUUUGCCAGUAGUAGCUUAAAACCUAGCUGACCAGGCUAAAGGAGGCUGAGAUGCACAUAAGGUUACUGCCUUGCAAUUUUUCCUGCCUGGAAGCCAGCAGAUGCCUAGAUGAAGUGACCAGAGAAAAGGCUUCUGGAAGUUGUAGUUCAGUUACUGGAUUUAUAUUAAUGGCAAGCUUGGCAAUACAGAAACCUACCACAGAGCUGCCCAAUAGGUAGAUUCAGAUAUGGACCAACAACAUUAAGACAUAAAAUGCUUGUGAUGGUACUUGGUAUGACUCUUGCAAUAUCCCAGUGUUCAGAGUUUGAGCCACUAUCCUCCAAUCCAUUGUCUUGUUUAUGGCGGUCAAAGGCCAAAUUAAAUCUUCAGAUGACUUCUUGCGGCCUACUAAAAUACCUGGCUGGUGACUGAUAAUCCUGUGAGUGAUCUAUGGAAAUAUGCCUAAUCCUUAUUAGGAUUACUGUAUCUGCUCCCAUAAUUCUGUCUUGUGUUCUUUUUGUUCUAGGCACAGCAUGACUAUCAAACUACCUGACUCUUUUUCUCUGUAUUGUAAGAAAAAUCCAUAUUGCUUUUACUAAAGAUCAGUAUGCUUUUUUACAAGGUUGCUUCUCUUCUGUCCCCCUACAGACUCUCUUCUCUGCUACUACAGAGGUCACAUUGGAACCACACACCAGUGUACGUGUCAAAGCUUCCAUCAUGAAGGGAAAAAUGGAUGUGCCUUACCGUGCCAGGGCCAAAACCAUGUUUGGCUAUGAAACUACUGUAGAGGGAAUAUGGAAAGGAGCCAGUUGUUUUGACCUCAUGGUCUCCCAAGAGAACUACAAACCAUUGGCUCAGUCUCUUUAUAAACUCAGGAUAGAGAACCAUAGUUCAAACCCACUUACCUGUGCUCAAUAG